ACACCGGAAAUGGUUAGCUAAUGCUGAGAGCGUCCCGGUGAACACAUCCUUGAACGCGUUCAUCCGAAACCAUACUCACCUUUCCGGGACCAAGUUCAUGUGUCUGGAGGGUGGAUGCGGCGCUUGUGCUGUGAACGUGUCCGGACUCCAUCCCGUUACCAAGGAGAAUAAAACUUGGUCCGUCUACUCGUGCCUGUUUCCCGUGUUCGCUUGCCAUGGGCUGGACAUCAAAACGGUGGAGGCUCUCGGCAACCGAACGGACGUCGAAAUGAGUCGCUAGAGAUGUUUAUCGAUGUUAAUUCUGUCGAGGAACUGCGUAGACUGACGGAGUCGCUCAUCUACGACACUGCUGACGAACCGUGCCUGGAACUAUAAACCACCGGGCGCGAAGGACAUUCCGGUGGACUUUCGCAUACGGCUGGUGCAGACUGGUGAAAAUCAGGUAGGAUCGAA